AUGUCUGAUAAACUAGCUAGAGACAUUUCAGAAUUGAAUUUGAGUCCUCCAUCAACUUCCUCAUCUUCUUCACUCCCACCAAAUGCUCAUGUAAACGGUGCUGGCUAUUCCACCACUGCCCACACUUCAAUAAGUGACCAUCAUCAUCAUCAUAAUACCCAACCAUCAUCCUCCUCAUCAUCAUCAUCAUCACCAACUACUCAUCAUCCAAAACCAUCAACCAGACCUGCUCCACGUGCUAUUGACUCACCAUUAGCUAUAAGACCAGCUUCUCCUUACACUUUAAACCCACCAAUUGAUUCAGAUGGUCUUUCAUGGCCAAGUGUCGGUGCUAGAAAAAGAAUUGAUUCAACUCCUGAAGAGGCUGAACUAAGAGAGAAAAGAAUAAGUGAUGCGGUUAAAGUCAUACUGGAAGAGUUGGGAGAAGAUACAAACAGAGAAGGUUUACUGGAAACUCCUGAAAGAUAUGCAAGAGCAAUGCUAUAUUUCACAAAAGGUUAUGAAGAUAAUAUUAGAGAUGUGAUUAAAAGAGCAGUAUUUGAAGAAGAUCAUGAUGAAAUGGUUAUUGUUAGAGAUAUUGAAAUCUAUUCAUUAUGUGAACAUCAUUUAGUUCCAUUUUUCGGGAAAGUUCAUAUUGGUUAUAUUCCAAAUAAAAAAGUUUUAGGAUUAUCAAAGUUGGCAAGAUUAGCUGAAAUGUAUGCAAGAAGAUUUCAAGUUCAAGAAAGAUUAACAAAGCAAAUUGCAAUGGCUCUUAAAGAAAUUUUGAAACCUCAAGGUGUUGCUGUUGUCAUUGAAGCUACUCAUAUGUGUAUGGUUAGUCGUGGAAUCCAAAAAACCGGUUCAAGUACCGUUACUAGUUGUAUGCUUGGCUGUUUUAGAGAAGCUCAAAAGACAAGAGAAGAGUUUUUAGGUUUAUUGGGAAAAAGAUAA